GUAAACCCUAAAAAAGAAGUCUACUGGAAGCAUGUUACAUCAGAUGCCUGUAGGUUUGCCCUAAUGUGGAAAUACGGUGGAAUUUACAUUGAUACUGAUGUCAUCUCACUUCGUCCAAUACCCCAGGACCAUUUCCUAGCAGCCCAGGAUGCCACAGUUAUUAGCAGUGGUGUUUUUGGCCUUUCCUCACAUUACCAGUUGGCGUGGCAGUUUAUGGAGAACUUUGUUAAGAACUACAGGGGAAAAAUAUGGGGACACCAAGGACCGGGGGUUGUCACUCGUGCUGUGAAGAAAUUGUGGGGCAUGCCCGUAUUCACCUCUACGAAUGAUGUCAUGUGUGGAAACAUCAGUUGUUUGCAUCCUCAACGUUUCUACCCCAUCAAUUAUCUAUCAUGGAGAAGGUACUUUGAAGUUUGGGAGAAUUUGCCAACGUUUAAGGACUCCUAUGCCUUACAUCUUUGGAAUUUCAUGAAUAACAAAGGUAAAUCUAUGGUACCUGGAAGCCACACGUUGGUGGAACACCUCUACCAGAAACAAUGCCCUACCACCUAUGAAUAUAUCUUGAGAAAUAAAUCAACUCACCUGUAACAAAAUUUGUUGAGCUUAUAAAACAGAUUGGAG